AUGGUGUGCUUUGAUUUACGGGCGUCAUUCGAGGAUACUCGCUUGUUGUGUACUGAAUGCGCUUAUGAAAAUUGUCGAUGGGCUGUCGAGAAGCAACAAUCCCAUGACUAUAUAUUCCAAGUUCUAAAGGAAAUUCCGGGAAAGGGACAAAAGCUGCAAGCAUAUCAAGGCAUAACUUGGACUUGCUUUUCAAUUAUGCUGAGCAAUCAAUGCUUACUUCAAUCCAACGACGAGACGCCUAUUUUAACACAAUGCAAGCGAGAGAUUUCAAACGAGGCUAUCUGGGAAGACAUCGUAACUUAUAGA